AUGCCGAUGAAGAUGGAGAUUGAUCUGGAGGAGGAUGUUGGUUUUUAUGAGCAGACAAUAUUUUCGCAGGUCUCAGAGGAAGCCGAUAACCUGGAGAAUGCCGACGUCCCGGAAACAAGCGCACAUGAAGCAGAACACGUAGAACCAGUGGGACUGGACGAAAAGUUCAGCAUCUCGGAUGUUUAUGUUAAUGAGAAAGAGGCAUACGAGGCUUAUCGUUCUUAUGGAUAUAAUCUUGGUUUUAGUGUUCAUAAGGAUCAUCACAGUUACUGGCCAAAUUCUAGAAAUUUAAAAUCCAAGGACUUUGUUUGUUCAAAAGCUGGUUUCAAGAAGUUGCCUGAUCUUAAUAUCCAAAGGAAAUAUCGAAGAUCAGAUACUCGAACUGGUUGUCCAGCUAUGGUUAGGUUUACAGUGGAUGAAGCUGGAUAUUGGAAGGUGAAAAAAUUUAUUGAAAAUCACAAUCAUGAUUUGCCUAGGCCAGAAGACCGACAUCUUCUUAGAUCAUGCAGGAAUAUGUGUGAUGAAAAAGCUUCUGUUCUUAAAGCAAUGACAGAUGCUGGGAUAAGAACAAUUGAUGCAUUUUCCUUCCUUGCUGACAAAGUUAGAGGUGUCGAAAAUAUUGGAUUCACAAGGAGGGAUGCGUACAACUUUAUUCAAAAAAUAAAAAGAGCUAAGAUUGAACUUGGGAACACUUAUACUUUGAUUGAGUUAUUUAAAGAACGAUAA